UUAUGAUUUCAGCGAUUGUAACCUAACAGCCCAAGCACGCAGCAAUUCAGACUCUUAUUGCGACAUUUUCAGCGGAAACCUCACUGUACUCGGUUUAACUUGACAGUGUUUUGUGUCGUGUCGGGGCUGUGAAGUCUGAAGCCACACAUCUCGGGAGGACGCUACACAGACAGCUGCGGACACCGCGGACGCGUAGUAGUUGUGUUUGUGCUGCUUUCUGUUGUCCGCUCGGAGGGGGACGCGGUCCACACAUGCGCAGUAGAUCAGCGUUUACAGGAAGACAGCGCGGACUGUCCGCGCGGUCUCAACAAACUGUACGCGGAUGUCCGCACAGACACAGAGCCUACGCGUACACCCUCUGACGAAAUUUACGUCACGCGAACCCUAGCGGACCCUCGCGGACGCGGAAAGUAUAAUUUCAGCUUUUUACGGAGUGACAACUUACGAUGGCGAGCACUCUUCAUCUGACUGCUCCUCGCGCUUCCCGCCUCUCUGGACGGAGGCGACCGUUGCUGGGCUGAGCUCGGAGCCGUUUUCGUUUCCCCCGCCCGUACUGAGCCGAGCCGAACCGAGCCGAGCCGUCAAACUCCUGCGAGGGGUAGCUCUGCUAUUCAAGGACAUUUUAACGUUACCAUAGCUACCUUGGCCUUUUCCUGUCGAUUGAGGAAAUCCAGCGUGCGGUUCUCCGGCGCAAUGAUGUGGCCAAAUUUUGUAAACAAGUGCAGAAACUGCGGUUGAUAUAAUGUAACACACUCCUGGGCUGAUGAUGAUGAUGAUGUUUCUCUACGUAUCAUCUUUACAUGUCGUACCCGCACCCCCUUCCUCCGCUGAAGGGCCGAACAAGACAGACGGCGACGUAAAGGAAACCAGCUGCUGACUUCAGAUGCGUUCAUCUCAAUUAUGGCAUCGUUUCUAGACCUCGUCAAGUCGGCGGCCGCUUCAUGCUGAGAAGAACACCCGCGUUUUACUGGUGAAAAGUAGUGAGUGACCCCAAAAAAACGCGGAGAAAGGCGGAUGAACUUUGAUUUGCCGGAGUGCUGGAGCGCGCUGAGGCCAGAGGUGCAUCGCUGGUGUGCAUCAGGUCCAGGAACCAUCAAUGUGGACUUCAGCUGGUGAUUUGACAAGUCACAUAUAGGAGCCCCGGAGCCUCUCCUGUCCCCUCUCCCCCUCCCUUCCCUCCAUCCCUCCCUCCCCCCUUCCCUUGUCAAUCUUCUCCCUGGUCCCCCUUUCCCCCUCCUCCAAGAUUCACCAUGCUCAUCAAGGAGUAUCGAAUCCCCAUGCCCAUGAGUGUGGAGGAGUACCGCAUCGCCCAGCUCUAUAUGAUCCAGAAAAAGAGCCGAGAAGAGAGCUGUGGCGAAGGUAGCGGGGUGGAGAUCUUAGAAAAUAAGCCCUACACAGAUGGACCGGGUGGGACGGGCCAGUACACCCACAAGGUCUACCACAUUGGCAUGCACAUUCCCAGCUGGUUCCGCUCCAUCUUGCCCAAAGCGGCGCUGAGGGUUGAAGAGGAGUCCUGGAACGCCUACCCUUACACCCGCACCAGAUACACCUGUCCCUUUGUUGAGAAGUUCUCCAUUGACAUUGAGACUUACUACAAACCCGACACAGGCAACCAGGCAGAUGUCUUCAACAUGUCUGCAGCAGAGAAGAGGCAGAGGACUAUCGACCCAAUCGACAUAGUGACAGAUCCUAUUCCCCCCCAUGAGUACAAAUCAGAGGAGGACACGCGGCUCUACAAGUCAGUCAAGACUCAGAGGGGUCCUCUGCAGGAUGACUGGAUAGAAGAGUACAACAAUAACCCUGGGAAGACCCCCAUCAUGUGUGCCUACAAACUGUGCAAGGUGGAGUUCCGCUACUGGGGCAUGCAGUCAAAGAUUGAACGCUUCAUCCAUGACGUUGGACUGAGGAAGGUGAUGGUGCGCGCCCACCGGCAGGCCUGGUGCUGGCAGGAUGAGUGGUACGGUCUGACCAUGGAGGACAUCAGGCAGCUGGAACUGGAAACCCAGUUGGCCCUGGCCAGGAAGAUGGCCCAGUUCAGCCAGGCGGAGGAAGCCACUGAGGCCAACGGAGGUGCCCCGUCUCCAGACAAAGACCAGGAGGCUAAAGAGGUGAUCAGCUCCAUCGAAGCCGAGGAGGUGGUUGUCAGCUCAGGAGGAGAGACUCUCCAGCCACGAGGCGUACUCACCAAGCAGUGGUCCACAUCAUCCCGGUCCUCUCGCUCAUCCAAGAGAGGAGUGAGCCCAUCACGUCACAGCAUCUCGGAGUGGAGGAUGCAGAGCAUAGCACGAGACUCGGAGGACAGCUCGGACGAGGAGUUCUUUGAUGCUCAUGAGGAUCUGUCAGACAGCGAGGAGGUCUUUCCAAAGGAAAUCACCAAGUGGAACUCCAACGACCUCAUGGACAAGAUUGAAGCUGCAGACACAGAUGAAACUCCUGGUGAGCUGUUCAAGGAAAUGACGGUGGAUUAUGAGAGAGCAACCAGUGAAGAAAGACUAGAUGAGGAGAGCUCGUCCCAGCAGUGUCUGCAGCCGUCCAAGAUCCAUGUGUUGAUCUUAGUCCUGCACGGAGGGAACAUCCUGGACACAGGCGGAGGGGACCAGAACAGCAAGCAGGCCGACGUCAACACGAUCAGUACGGUUUUUGACACAGUCAUGCGUGUUCACUACCCCGCUGCGCUGGGCCGCAUCGCCAUCCGCUUGGUACCCUGCCCUGCCAUCUGUGCCGAGGCCUUCUCCCUGGUGUCCAACCUGAGCCCAUACAGCUACGACGAGAGCUGUCUGUCCAGCAGUCAGGACCACAUCCCCCUAGCAGCUCUGCCCCUACUGGCCACUUCUGCUCCACAAUACCAGGAGGCUGUGGCGACCGUCAUUGUCAGAGCAAACCAGGUGUACACCGACUUCAUUAAGUCUCUGGAUGGUGCUGCUUUCUCUGGCCAGGUUUGCCUCAUCGGGGACUGUGUCGGAGGAAUAUUAGGGUUUGAUGCACUGUGCAGCAGCAAUCAGACAGUCAACGAAAGCCAAAACAGCAGCAGAAGGGGCAGUAUUGUCAGUGUUCAGGACCAGGACCUCCUCUCUCCAGGCAUCAUUGUCAAUAGCGGGCACGGAUCAGCCUCCCCGACCCUGGAGGGCAGCCGCCAUCUCAGUCGCAGUAACAUCGACAUCCCUCGUGCCAGCGUGGGUGACGACACCAAGAGACAACUGCCACGCAAGAGAAGUGACUCCUCAACCUAUGAACUGGACACCAUAAAACAACACCAGGCUUUCCUGUCCAGCUUACACUCCAGUGUCUUGAGGAACGACGCAGCCUCACGCAGGUCGAGCAGCAGCACUAUGCUGGAUGGAUGCUCCCUGGGGAAGUUUGACUUUGAGGUGUCUGACUUUUUCCUGUUCGGCUCUCCGCUGGGCUUGGUGCUCGCCUUGAGAAAGACUGUCAUUCCUAUGCUGGAUGUGGCUCAGCUGCGGCCCGCCUGUCAGCAGGUCUAUAACCUGUUCCACCCAGCCGAUCCCUCCGCCUCCCGCCUGGAGCCUCUCCUGGAGAGGAAAUUUCACCUCUUGCCUCCCUUCAACGUGCCCCGUUACCAACGCUUUCCUCUGGGAGAUGGAAACUCAGCUCUACUGGUGGAGACAGUCCAGAGCAACGCUCAGCUGCUACUUGACAGUGGGCCUCCCCUGUCUCUUCGCUGUCAGGAGACCAUCAGUGAGACCUGCAUCCCUGUGCCUGUGCUAAACUGGCAGGAGGGCUCCCUCAAAGCCACACCCGCCACUAUGGAGUCGGAUGUUGUUCAGUCUCAUGGUGGUGUCUUCAUGGACAGUUCGUACCCCUCAUCCCCCGUUACGGGCCCCCUCUCCCGGGGCCAGCGGAGGGCCAGUGAGGUCAGCAUUGCCAGCCAGGUCUCAGGAAUGGCAGACAGUUACACUGCCACCAACAUAGCCAACACCAAAUCAUGCCAAAUUAACCAAUCCAAAAAGUUGAGCCUUUUGUCCCAACUCGCCCUAUCGUCACAAAACAAAUUCUUCCUGAAAAGUCCUCCUAAAACCCGUAAGAAAGCAGGGGCUGACCAGGCCGCAGGAUUUCCCGAUGCAAAUGUAGCGGCAGAGCUGGACUCUGAGGCAGAAACAUGUGAUGGUCUAAGUCCCACUGGGCAGUAUGAGAGCUGCCCGUCAGCGGGGCUGGACUCUGCUAUAUCUGAUCUGGUCUCGCUGGACUCCCAGGCUGAAGUAGAGCAAGUUGCAGCACGUUGGUGGGGCACAAAGCGACUGGACUUUGCCCUCUACUGCCCCGAUGCUCUGACCGCUUUCCCCACAGUGGCUUUACCGCACCUCUUCCACGCAUCAUACUGGGAGUCCACUGACGUUGUGUCUUUUCUCCUGAGACAGGUCAUGAGGCACGAAAACUCCAGCAUCCUGGAGCUCGAUGGGAAAGAAGUGUCUGAAUUUACUCCCUCCAAACCUCGAGAGAAGUGGCUUCGCAAGAGGACUCACGUGAAGAUCAGGAACGUGACUGCCAACCACCGUGUAAAUGACGCCGUGUUCACAGAAGACAGCCAGCAGGUCGUGAUGGGUCGCUUCAUGUACGGCCCUCUGGACAUGGUCACUUUGGCCGGGGAAAAGGUUGACCUGCACAUCAUGACCCAGCCUCCGUCAGGGGAAUGGGUUUACUUCAACACAGAGGUAACCAACAGUAGUGGCCGCGUGUCUUUUAUCAUCCCAGAGGACAAGCGUCUGGGCAUCGGAGUCUACCCAGUCAAAAUGGUUGUCAGGGGUGACCACACAUUUGCAGACAGCUACCUGACGGUUAUUCCACGUGGCACAGAGUUUGUGGUAUUUAGCAUCGACGGGUCAUUUGCUGCCAGUGUGUCAAUCAUGGGUAGUGACCCUAAAGUCCGGGCAGGAGCUGUGGACGUUGUCAGGCACUGGCAGGAUUUAGGCUAUUUGAUCAUCUAUGUAACAGGACGUCCAGACAUGCAGAAGCAGCGGGUAGUGGCUUGGUUGUCUCAGCACAACUUCCCUCAUGGCAUCGUCUCCUUCUGUGACGGCCUCGUCCAUGAUCCACUCAGACACAAGGCCAACUUCCUCAAGUCCUUGACAGAGGCUCACUUGAAGAUUUUUGCUGGCUAUGGAUCAACCAAAGACAUCUCAGUCUACACCUCCAUCGGCCUGCCUCCCUGCCAAAUAUACAUCGUCGGAAGACCCUCCAAGAAGAUGCAGCAGCAGUGUCAGUUCAUCACAGAGGGAUAUGCAGCUCAUUUGUCUCAGCUGGAGUACAACCAUCGCUCUCGGCCGGCCAAGUCCAGCAGCGCACGCAUGGUGCUUCGUAAAGGCAGCUUCGGUUUGGGUGCAAACAGCGACUUCCUGAGGAAGCGGAACCACCUGCUGCGCACCAUUUCCUCCCAGCCGGCCCCCAGCUCCCCAACAGGCAUCCACAACAGACCAGAGCGCACACAGAGCCAGUCAGACAGCGAGCGGCUGGAGCGGGAGCGGCUGGAGCGCGCUCACACCUACAGCCAGGGAGCGACACAGCGCAGCAUGAGCAUCACAGCCAGCUGCUGGGGCCGCAGCAGCAGCACAAAGCUGGAACCAGGAGUUCUCAGCCCGAAGUGAGAUUAGAGAGACAUUGUGAAAUACCUUCUGAAGAGUGACACGACAUCCAGAAACUGCGAGUGAAAAAGAGUGACAAACAGUGUGCUUGCACCAGAUGGGUAAAAACCACAAUGAAAAUAAUAGGUGCUACAAACCACUCUUCAUAAAAACACCAGUCACAUUCAACACAAACAUUUAUGGACGGAUGGCUACAUUUAGUUUAAAACACAAAACUUAACAGGCAUUUCAAGAGACAUCUUCCUAAAGCAGGAACAUGCAAACACGACACAGACAGACCGUAGCUAAUAUUGUAGGAAUCCAGACUGUUUCUUACUGUUUAUUAAAUAUUUAUCAGUCUUGAAUACAAGUCAGUUAGUCAGUUUUCCUCUUACAGUAGGCUUUUAGAUUGGAUUGGUUACACAUAUAAGCACCCCCCAUACUGUAUACGUUGGUGAACAACACAAAGUGGUUACAGGAAGCCUUUUAUCAGGUCCAUGUGCUGGUAUUGCACUGUAACUGACUACUGUGGCCACUUCAAGCACAACUAUUACUAUAGACAUAAACUUUUUUGUGUAAUAGAUUUCAAGCUAUGUCAUGUUUGUGUGAUGUUUUAGUUUUUUUUUUUAAAGUUUUUUUUUGUUGCUUUUUUUGCCUUCAUUGGAUAGUGGGCAGUGAAGAGGCAGAUAGGAAACAAGGGGAGAGAGAGAUGGGUAUGACAUUGUUGUGGUAACGCAGCAUGCGCAGUAACCAUUCGGCUACUGGGGCGCACCCAGAUGUUCUAGUCUGAGAGCAGAACGAGAAUCAGGUAAAACUGGAUUGAACGUGUUGCUUUUCAGGGUGCGACCACACAAACACACAAAUAUUUAGCCAAAACGAAUCUUGUUGACAUGUUUUUAGGAAACUCAUUAUAAUUUAUCACUAACACCAAUCAAUGUUUGGGUGAUUUAUAAACCAUCUUGAAGCAAUUUGAUCAAGAACUACUGCUGCUUUUAGCUUUUACAAAGAGCAAAUGACUAAAUUCUGUUGACGUUUGCAAGCUGAUUACCAAACCACACAGUUCAGUUUUGCUUGUUUUCUAGUCUUCCCUCAGGCCAAAGAACCAUCCAAAUAUCACAUGAAGGAAACUACAAAAUUACCCUUUAACUAUGGUUGCAGCUGAAACUGUUCCCGGAUUUUUAUAGCAUUUCACCACAUCUCACCAUUACUGCGCUGCUGAAACCUUCCUGAAUAAGUAACGUAUGACGCCACUAUAGGGAAAACUCCUGCUACUGUACGGUUAAUGUGCCAAAGUAAACAGUAUAGACUGAUAUACUGUACGUGAACAGAGAGGACAUGAUUUUAGUCUCCUGUGUAAAAAUGGAAUAGUGUGUGUAAGUAUGUAGUCGAAUGCCUUAACAAGGCUUAUGUACAUAAUUGUUAUAUUACAGUGCAGAUCUGGUAUCUGGUCCACUGAAGACCAGCUUCAAGUGUCUUCUUUACUCUGGGGUUAAACACCACCUCAUUCAGGAUACACUUUAUUGAUUAAUGAUGAUGAUUAUUAUUGUUAUUUAAGAUUAUAGAUAUUUUAAAAUGUAUUGAUUUUGUGAACAAAAAUGUGUUAAGAUUACUUUCGCUACUUUGUGUUUUAUUUUUUUCCUUCAAACUUCAGUUGCAACAGCCAAAACUCGAGAGGUCUUUGCCUGGCACAGUAUUGUAUUUUUAUUAUUGUAUCUUGCAGCUCACCAGAAUUGUAUCAACAGAACUGCUAUCUUGUGUCAUAUAUUGUACGUUUUUGUUAUAUCUAUUUUGGAAAGUUUGGGAUAUGGCUUCUCUCUGGUUAUCCCUCCGCUGUAAAUGAGGUGUUGAAUGUGCUCAUAGAUAAUCCUCCUUAGGUUUAAGGUCUCUUUCUCUGUUUUUUCUGCACCUUUUUAGAGGAAGGAAAAAAAAAAUCUGCAAAUUGUAAAUUCUGUACAAUACGCUGUCAGAAGUAGGAACACAGAGCUAAGACUCGCUUUACGCUGUUGGCCAGCUGUUUCUGAAAUGGGUAAAAAUUUUGUGGUUUAUUCAUUCAAAUGAUGUGUCUUUGUCCCUCGAAUAGACGUGUACAGAGCUGACUGCAAAUGGACCAAUAUGGGCUCAAACGGAAGGGGAAACGUGCAAUAUCUAACUCAACCACACCACAAGAUCAAACAGACUGUGUUGAGGAAACGUCACAGUGCAUUGACAAUCAGUGUGAACAGGCACAUAUUCUACAGACGGCAAAUUGCGGAGGGUACUUGAACACGUUCCAGUGCUCGACAAGCAUUUGCAGAGUAUCUAAAAGUUGUGAAAAAAGUUGCCACCGACCUGAUAAGGAUACGUAAUAGUACAGUAGGUUUUUUUUCUCCUGUGGGUAGACAUGCUCAGUCUUAACUGUUUUUAUCAAUGUUUCCAUUCCAGCACACGCAGGUCUAGAUGAAUCCACUGAACAUUUAAAAGUGAACCGGAAAUUUACACGUCAGCCCUGCAAUAAAUCCUACCUUCAUGAAGGUUUUUUUUAAUGUUGUUUUUGUUUAAACUGUGAUAGAGAGGUGUCACGUUGGAGGUGCUGUUGAACUGUAUUGUGUUAUACUGAGAGGUGUUAACUAAUAUUGUGUCCUCCCCAUUUAUAUCAAUGAGGGUAGACUAAUAUUAGAGUGUACAUGCUAAUGCAAAGACACCCAUAAUUCUCCUU